CGAAAGUCACGUCGUAAAUGUGUUACAUUCCGAAUGCAUUAAAAUUGCUGUGUGUUAGUGUGUCUACCGCAUUGCUUAUGGCCAAUUAAUUAAAAUAUUGUGUCCAUCUUUGAUUAUUCAGUGAAGUGUCUUAGCAACGUAGAUGCCAGUUUCGUUUAUUUUGCUUUAUUUUAAACACUGUGAUGUAAACCCCUAAAGAAUUUUGCAUGUGCCAUGAAUAAAUACCUUGUAUCUAUAACAUAAUGUAUUGUUAUAAUGUAUUUCAUAACAUAACGCGUGUAAAAUCCUCUGGAAAAUGAAGCAAACGAUGUCAAGUUAUUUGUGAUAGGUAAUAUUUUGUUGUAUGGAUGUUUAAAAUGAAAACAACAUCAAACGGUCGCGCAACGUGGGAAAAAGUUACGUACCUAUUUAAAAUAUGGCAUCACUGUCUCAUUACAAUGCGACGCUGGCAACUCAAGAAAUCAGUCAAGUUAAGAUUCUAGUUCAGAGUGGAUUUAUGAUUUUUUUUCAAAUUUUAAGCGCUAUUUUAAAAUGUACACCGUUUCCAAAGGACCCAGCAAGAUUGUUGCAAAAACUAGAAGGGGCCUCUCCCAGAAUCUAGAAAGGUUAGACAGUCGAAAAGAUCAUAACAGGAAGUCUUCAGAUUCUGAUACCGGAGAAAUAAUUAACAUGCCUAGACCUAUAUUUCAUUCCAAUGGUAAAAAGACAGUGCAUCAACGAAUACAACAUCAUGUGAUUACUCCACAGCACGAAGAAAUAAUUAGAUUCAUAAGUGAAACUUGGACACAAUCAACAUAUGCAGACAGUGAACCCUCAACACCAACUAGUACGACUGAUUCUGGCAGCUCAUCCCCGGAUCCACCCACCAAUCUAUACUACCAAGACGAAGCCCCAAGCCCCACACUAAGGGACUUCAAACCCUUCGACUUAGAAACGUGGUGGGGCAAACGACUUUUCCAGAACAUAACAAACUCCCUUUGAGACAGAUACAUUCGCUUCAUGAUCAAGGACGUGAUCGGUGGAUCAACUCUCAAUCAUUUGUAGUUUACUUAAUUUUCUGUAUAACAUGUAAAUAAUUUUAUUGAGAUUAGUGUAAAAACUGUAACAUAAUGUAGUUAGGUAUGUCAUCUGCAUUUGCACGAUCAAAGAAUGAAAAUAACCUCGUCCCAUAUAAUAAAUUAUGGAUUCCAAAAGGAUAAAACUCGCACAACAAAAUUCAUAUCUCGCUACCUUAUUUACACUAGAAUUAUUCAUUACAAUGCUACUAGUGUAUUUAUUGUAAUAUAUAUUUAUAAAUAUGUAAGCUUGCUUCAAGGCAACAUUUUAAGGAUGAAUUCUAAAUUAUGUAAUCGCCUCGGAGAUAAGUUUUGAUGUAGAACACAAAUCGCCUUAACUGUAAUUAAAAUACAAUAAUUUACUAAUAUUCUUUGUUACGCAAAUAAGACAUUAAAAUCAUUAUUGAAUAAAUUAAGUUACCGUUGUAGUCGAUAUAGUAGUUGGUAAGAUGCAUUUUACUGGAUAAAAUCAAUGUCAAGGUCUGGUAACUAAUCGGCUGCGAAUCAGAUAACUAAACGUAGAGAAGUCUUAUGUAAGAUAUAUUUAGGCAUAUUAUAAUCUACAUUGUAAUAUAAUCAAAAAAUUCUUUGUUAUGAAUAAUGUGAAAUUUUAUAAAUAAAAAUUGUUAUUUAAAAUUAAGUAAUCUACAAGUGACUGUAGAUUUAUUAGCUAAAUACAUAUUGUAAGGGUAUUUUCUAUCAAAAGCUCAAGACAUAUUAUCAUUCUUUAUACAAAUCACUAUUCUUAAGCUUGAUUAUUUUCAUUGAAUAUACCGUUUUCCGUUGUCGUGUCUGUUCUGUAAACUUUUUAAAUGUUUAUAUAACAAUUUGUGAGUACCAAAGAAGUUGUUGGAGCCCCUUCGUUUCGUUAGUAUUACUUUUAUUAUUGCUAAAAUUGUGUGAGCCAAAUUCGUGAAUGUACUAUACACUAGUCAAACAAGAACCAUGAUUCUAAGACACGCUGGAUGAGGAGUUUCUGAAACUGCAAUUUACUUAUAUAAUACAAAUUUUAAUGAAUCAAGUGCCUGAAUGUAUACAGUCUUCGCAAAGGAAAUCAAAUAUAGAUAUUUAAAUGAAGUGUGACGUUUGAAUGUAGAGAAAAUAAUUUAAUGGAGCAUGGACGUAACAUUACAAACAGGACUUCGCGAAGAAAGAGAAGUAUGCAAAAUUAGAUUAGUUGAGAGUAGAUAUUAUCGCUUUAGUUGAGAGUAGAUAUUAUCGCUGAAACUAGUUGUAAUUUAGAUAAUGAAAUAUUUUUUAAAUACUGUAAUCGAAUCACAAUUGAAUAUGCAAUUUCGAAAGGGGCACAUGUCGCAUAUUUUGUCAAAUACGUUUUUUCAUAUACAUGUAGUUUUGAGGCUUACCUACACCCAUUUUAUAAUAAUUCCAGUAAUUUUCAAUUGCUAGUUAACACUUAAAUAUGUCUCAAAAGUAAAUAUUUUAAAUUUUACACUGCUUUAGAAAAUAAUCUGAUUUUUUCAUUUCCUGAAAAUUUUACAUUUUCAGAGAUGUGCCCUUUUCGAAAUUGCAUAUUCAAUUAAAUACGGCCAUUGCGUUUAACGCAUUAGAAACUUGCAACGUUAUCGUUAAUAUCCGAAGUACGAAAUUUAUGGCUUAGUUCCACGUGAGUUAUGUUUGACGACGUAAGCAGUUAAUUCGUUUCAAUGCGAACACGACUUUCCAGUCCUGUUUGUGAUAGUAUAUCCAUGUCAGUAAACGUUGUUGUUAAAAAAAAAACGAGGGUAGUCUUAUAAUUUUUGUUUGUUUUUGUUGAAUAUGUAGUGUGUCGAUACAUGUAGCUUAUGGAGUAUUAAAUAGGAAGCUAUUUACCAUGCAGUCGUAUGAAUCGCUCUAACACGGCAAUUGUUAAAACAUGAUUGAUCCUCUUUGUUUAGAAACUUUUUUUUUUUUCGUGCAAAUUGCCAUAGCUGUCUUCACAGAUUUUAUUUUGUAACUUUCAGUGAACAAGUAAGUUUAUAGAUUUCUCAACUUUUUUUUUUUUUUAUAAAGCCCAAGAAAUUCUGUCGGUUUCAAAAUUUUUCGAAUAUAAAAUAAAGGCUUUUAUUUUAUAUUCGAAAAAGAACGCACUAUAAAAUAUGACGACACAGCUUAUGUAUGAAGCCACCUUAAGAAAUCUAAACAUACCGUGCGAGAAAGAGACAACUAGCAUCGCACCAUCCUCACCGAGAGACUAAUAUCUCUGAAUCCUUCGAUGUAAAACGUGCUUUUUAAUGAUUUUGUUAAGUAAACUAUAAUGGUUUUAAUGAAUAUGACUAAUGAUUGGGUUAAUGUUGAAAUUUAUUGUUUAUUUUAUUCAAAUUUAUUCAGAUUUUAAUAAUAUUUCGUCCACUUCUUGUUUGAUAAUUAGAAGAAUUGAAAAUACAUUAUAUUUUAUGCAAUCGUUAUUGAAGUUUAAAAUUAAUAAUUUAAUUAAUGUCAAAGUUGAUGAAUUGACAUAGGUACCUACGUGUUGUAAUAAAUAAUAACAUUCUUUAAAAUAAUAUCACUACAGAUGUCGCUCAUUGACAAGAAUACAGAAAAGUUUUUAAAUUAAGGUUUUCUAAUCAAAAAGGUAUUUUACAGCAAUUUAUAAAUACAAUAAGAAAAUUAUUUAAAAAUAAAAAAGGCCAUUUACCUUAUGAUUUAAUGAUGUUUUCCGCUCAGCAGUGCAAUGCUAUAAUGAAUUAUAAAUGUAAUUUUGAUACGGUUACGAAAAUCAAAAUACACAAUUUUUAUUUUAUGUAUACAAUCAUCGACUGUCAAUUAAUCUAGUCUGAACAUUUUAUCGUAACCAUAAAGCUAGAUAACCGUUUGAAGGGUGCGGGAUAGUCAAAAUGAAUAAUUGAACAUCAAUGCAAAUAUUGCUGUUUUCUUUAACUAUUAUUUUUCUAGAACGAGUAACUAACUCGUAUAUUUCUAGAAAAAUAAUAGUACGUACGAAAAUAAUAUAUAGUACGUAUCUUUGUUAUUUCGUGUGCGGCGACUGUUUUGUUGUACAUAAUAUUCAUGUAGCUUGAAGCUAAACAAUGUCUUCCAGAUCAAUUCGAAUCGUUAUAGAAAUAUGUACAUUGGCGUGCAGCAUGCAGAUUCUAAAUUUUAUUAAAUUGCUUUUAAGAAGAGUUGCAUUAAGUGUACAAAUUAGGAAAUCGUGGAAAAAAAUCAUCAUCUUACACAUUUAGGUUUAACGCACCAUUAAAGUAGGUAGUUAAAAAUAAUUUAGAUGAAUAUUUCGGUACGUAGUGAUACUGCAGGAGAAUAUUUUUAGACUGAUUUAGUUAUAAAAGUUAACGCUUUUUGUUGUAGUUUAAUAAACCAUCUCAAUGCACGUUUUUGGUUUUAUUAUUUUAUUUAAAAAUACACCACACGUUGUUAUUGACCAAAAAGAAAAAAUAAUUCCAAUACAUAUAAUAGAAUCAAUUUUAAUAAAAAUCUUUACAAUAAUAUCACCGGUAAAUAAUAUGAUCUCUUAUUGGUAUCAAUCACUAAAGAACGCACACAGAGAAUGUAAUAUUUAUUUCGAAUAAGAAGUAAGAAAUUCAAAGAGUAUUUGUAUGUAUUUACGUAAUUUAUCAUAGGUGACAUUAAGUGUAUAAUCUAUGUACAUCAAAUCGUAUGAGUCAAGGGUUUCGUGCCGUAUCUGAUUUAAUAUUAAAUGAUAUUAAAUAAAUGAAAAACUCAAAAUCAAAUAGCAAAGCCGAUCAGAGUGAUGAUGAUGAUUUCAAACAUACACAUUCUAAUAACUUUAAGAUACGAUGAACUUACAAAGCGUUACGAAUCCUUAUUACAAGCCUUCAAUGAACGGUGCGAUGCGGUCAACACAAGAGAUAACGCCCUCAAUGAUCUGCAAAAACGACUGAAUACUUGUCAUAAUGAAAUAAACGAAGUCCAUAAAACACUUAUAACUGUUUGUGAUAAGUAUUUAGCACUAAAAUAUAAGAAAAAUGUCCAGCUAUCUUCGUUAAACGUGAAGAUUGAAAAACUGAAAAAUACGAUUAAAUGUGUUCUCAAAGCAGCAGAACAGGCACGAAUUCACUUUGACCAACAAUUAGCUUGUUACUUGAGCAAAGAAAAGGACGCAAUAUCUGCCACGCUCUUAACUGAAGUAAGUCACCUUCUGCAUCUUUUGUCGUAAAUUAGAAGACUAUGAAUGGCCAUAAGUAUGUACAUCCCAAAGUCUUUAUUAGAAACAAUACUUUUUUCCUACCUAUUCACUGGUAGCCUAAUGAGCUAUUCCAGCUACGCCCAGACGUGUAGGUGAGCUCACGGGCUCAACCUGAGAGAAUUUGCUAACACUAGACCUAGUAAGAGCAGUGCUUCGCAGAUUCUCCGGAUCAGAAUCGCGAACCACUGAGAAGAUCCGGCGAGAAACUCAGUGGGCUGUGUCCAUAGCUUAGUUCGCUCGUCGAACUCUUCGUCGUUAUCGACGAGCUGGACGAGGACGGUGACCGGUGCUUGAACGAAACAAUAGCGUUGAAUCUACGGCAUUUGGCAACCCUAACCUUGGACCUUAACGUGGACAGUGGUAUUUGAUUAACUGUUUGACUUAAAGUGAAUCGAUAGAUCGUCUAUCCACUUUUUCCAGCAAAAAAAGUAACUUGCUUAAAUCUUGUGUUGACAGUUCUUGAUCACGUAUUCUUUUUAAUUCAUUUCCACAGAUAACCAUAUGUAACAAACUAUUUGUGGAAAACUUAAAACUGAAAGCCCACAUCAACGAACUCACGUCUGACGUUCGAAAUUAGUUUUUUUUUAUUUUAAAUAAAACAUCUGCAAUCCAUAAUAUUACAUUGCUUUGUAUGAAA